GCCAUGUGUUCCGUACUUUUACUUUCUCAGUGACCAAAAGGAAAAACUUUAAUUUAUAAAAUUAAAUAAAUGCAACUUUUACUUUGCAAUCCUUUUAAGCUUUGCUAUACUUGGUUUAUGAUUUUGUAAAUGGAGAUACUUUUGUUUGGAGUUUAAAUGUGAUAUUUUUUUUGGGUUCUUUUGUGUUCUUCCCUUUACUCUCUGCUCUGCUAUUUGGUUUUGCGAGUAUUGAUUUUUGUUUUCAGAGAUUAAGUAGACUGGAGCCAGUGAAGAAAAGGGUAAUUUAUGGGAGACGCCGCAGAAAGAGGUUUGGAAUGCCAGAAGACUAUGGAUGGGAAGGCGAGUAACGGGAAUGGUUUAGAGAAGGAAGUUCCUUCAUGUUGUUUGAAAGCCUUGGCUUCAGCCCCUGAGUUGGAUGCAAAGUGUCACUCCACUGUUGUUUCUGGGUGGUUCUCAGCAUCUCAAACUUGCUCCGGGAAAUCUGGGGAAGUUGUUUAUUUCAACAAUCCGAUGUGGCCAGGAGAAGCCCAUUCAAUCAAAGUAGAGAAGAUAUUGUACAAGGAAAAGUCAGAGUAUCAAGAGGUCUUGGUUUUUGAGUCAUUAACAUAUGGGAAAGUUCUUGUACUUGAUGGGAUUGUUCAGUUGACUGAGAAGGAUGAAUGUGCUUACCAGGAGAUGAUAGCUCAUCUUCCUCUCUGUUCCAUUCCGUCCCCCAAAACUGUUUUAGUUGUUGGCGGCGGAGAUGGUGGGGUUUUAAGGGAAAUAUCCCGCCACAGCUCUGUGGAGCAUAUUGAUAUUUGUGAGAUAGAUAAGAUGGUUAUUGAUGUUUCUAAGAAGUUUUUUCCAGAUUUAGCUGUUGGGUUUGAAGAUCCCCGUGUACAUUUGCAUGUUGGUGAUGCUAUUGAAUUUCUUAGAUGUGCUCCUGAAGGGAAGUAUGAUGCUGUAAUUGUUGAUUCCUCAGAUCCUGUGGGUCCUGCCCAGGAACUUGUAGAGAAACCGUUUUUUGAGACAAUAGCUAAAGCAUUAAGGCCUGGUGGAGUUCUUUGUAAUAUGGCAGAAAGUAUGUGGCUUCAUACACACCUUAUUCAAGACAUGAUCUCCAUUUGUCGAGAAACAUUUAAAGGUUCCGUACGUUAUGCAUGGGCAAGUGUUCCAACAUAUCCAAGUGGUGUGAUAGGGUUUCUUCUAUGCUCAACAGAGGGGCCGCAUGUUGAUUUUGUGAACCCCAUCAAUCCAAUUGAAAAGUUAGAAGGUGCUGAUAAGCACCGAAGGAAACUCAGGUUCUAUAACUCAGAGAUGCAUUCAGCUGCUUUUGCAUUGCCUGCAUUUCUGAAGAGGGAGGUGAGCUUGCUCCGUGAUUACUCUCAUUAGUAACAACAACACACGUUUGCAUACUGUAGCUCCUUAAAUAAUCAUUUUUGACGUCAUAGUCAUUCAGGAAGUCUGUGACUAGUCCAUUUGGGGAAAUAUAUCAAUGUUGGAGAAAUAGGAACCUGCUGUGUGAUUAUUUAAGAGAGAAAUAGGAACCUGGCGUGAUUAUUUAUGUCAUCCAAUUCUGUUAGUGGAACCCUUUUAGCUUUGUUGAACUCUGGGGAUUUUGGAUGGCCUUGUGUCUAAUUAUCAUAGUAUUAUUAGUAUCUUUCUGUGGUUGUGUUUAAGCACGCAUUACCAAUUAUUAAUGUAGCAAAAUAAUUUGCGGUGCAGAGUGGAUUUUCACAAAUACACUAUAAUUUUGAAUAGAAAGUGUGUUUAUAUGUUUCUUGUGAAUUUGUAAAUGUGGGAUAGUGGUUGAGUUGAGUAGUCAUGAAUGAGAAUUUGAUCGAGUUUGCUGUGUCCAAAAGCUAGGGUUGGAAUGUUUGGUUGGUUCAAACUCCGGCUUGUUGGGGCUGUGAGCCUGUGACCAUGGAACUUUGUCACUUUUGAAGAUGAAAGGAAUGCAAAUCGGAGGAAUAAAAAGUAAAUUUCAUCUAAGUAUUAUGUUGAAUUAUACAAUAUUGUUAUGAAGGUGAGUGUAAAAGCUAUGGUUUUACUUGGAAAAAGUAGCAUGGGUAAGCAAGGGCUAAUAAAUGUAAAGUUAUAGAUGAUGGUGGAUUAAUUUGUUGAAAA